CAGGCCUGCAGGCACUCACACUUGGCACCUGCUCCAAAACCCUUUUGGGUCUUUGAGGAUCUGGGCCCUGGGCCUGGGUCUCCCGGCAGCUCAGAAAAGUUGGCCUGCCUGGCCAGAGAGGGAACUACGCGAUUCAGAAAAGCACUGCCCUUCAGCAGUCUGGGCUCCCCAAAGGCAGAGUGGGACGCUAGAAACGUGUGCGCGCAGUGGUCUGGGUGUGCAAGUGUGCGAAGGAUACGUGUUGUGUGAGCGAGAGGUUAGCGGAUGUGCGUGUGCGUGUGCGCGCGUGGCUCCGGGUGUGCGCCGCUGCGAUAGCGGGUCCUUUCCCGGGGCGGGCGACGGGCGGGCUGGGAAGGUCUCCUCCCCUCACCACAUUGAGAAAUCUCAGUGAGUCACUGAGUGGUUCUGCAUAUUAAUGAGCUCACUCGCUGCGAGGGCAGGAGCGGAUUUAAAAGAGGCCAGGGCGGGCGGAGGGAGGCUGUGGAGAGAGCGCAGAGACAAGCGCAGAGCGCAGCGCACCGCGACAGACAGCCGUGGGCAUCCACCGACGGCGCAGCCGGAGCCAGCCGAGCCGGAAGGCGCGCCCCGGGCAGAGAAAGCCGAGCAGAGCCGGGUGGCGUCUCCGGGCCGCCGCUCCGACGGGCCAGCGCCCUCCCCAUGUCCCUGCUCCCGCGCCGCGCCCCUCCGGUCAGCAUGAGGCUCCUGGCGGCCGCGCUACUCCUGCUGCUGCUGGCGCUGUACACCGCGCGCGUGGACGGGUCCAAAUGCAAGUGCUCCCGGAAGGGACCCAAGAUUCGCUACAGCGACGUGAAGAAGCUGGAAAUGAAGCCAAAGUACCCGCACUGCGAGGAGAAGAUGGUUAUCAUCACCACCAAGAGCGUGUCCAGGUACCGAGGUCAGGAGCACUGCCUGCACCCCAAGCUGCAGAGCACCAAACGCUUCAUCAAGUGGUACAACGCCUGGAACGAGAAGCGCAGGGUCUACGAAGAAUAGGGUGAAAAAUCUCUGAUGGGAAAACUCCAGACCAGUUGGGAGACUUGUGCAAAGGACUUUGCAGAUUUAAAAAAAAAAAAAAAAAAAAAAAAAAAAAAAAGCCUUUCUUUCUCCCAGGCAUAAGACACAAGUUAUAUAUUGUUAUGAAGCACUUUUUACCAACGGUCAGUUUUUACAUUUUAUAGCUGCGUGCGAAAGGCUUCCAGAUGUGAGACCCAUCUCUCUUGUGCUCCAGACUUCAUCACAGGCUGCUUUUUAUCGAAAAGGGGAAAACUCAUGCCUUUCCUUUUUAAGAAAUGCUUUUUUGUAUUUGUCCAUAUGUCACUAUACAUCUGAGCUUUAUAAGCGCCCGGGCGGAACAAUGAGCUUGGUGGACACAUUUCAUUGCAGUGUUGCUCCAUUCCUAGCUUGGGAAGCUUCCGCUCAGAGGUCCUGGCGCCUCGGCACAGCUGCCACGGGCUCUCCUGGGCUUAUGGCCGGUCACAGCCUCAGUGUGACUCUGCAGUGGCCCCUGUAGCCGGGCAAGCAGGAGCAGGUCUCUCUGCAUCUGUUCUUUGAGGAACUCAAGUUUGGUUGCCAGAAAAAUGUGCUUCAUUCCCCCCUGGUUAAUUUUUACACACCCUAGGAAACAUUUCCAAGAUCCUGUGAUGGCGAGACAAAUGAUCCUUAAAGAAGGUGUGGGGUCAUUCCCAACCUGAGAGUUUCUGAAAGGUUCACAGGUUCAAUAUUUAAUGCUUCAGAAGCAUGUGAGGUUCCCAACACUGUCAGCAAAAACCUUAGGAGAAAACUUAAAAAUAUAUGAAUACAUGCACAAUACACAGCUACAGACCCACAUUCUGUUGACAAGGGAAAACCUUCAAAGCAUGUUUCUCUCCCUCACCACAACGGAACAUGCAGUACUAAAGCAAUAUAUUUGUGAUUCCCCAUGUAAUUCUUCAAUGUUAAACAGUGCAGUCCUCUUUCGAAAGCUAAGAUGACCAUGCGCCCUUUCCUCUGUACAUAUACCCUUAAGAAUGCCCCCUCCACACACUGCCCCCCAGUAUACGCUGCAUUGUACUGCUGUGUUAUAUGCUACGUACAUGUCAGAAACCAUUAGCAUUGCAUGCAGGUUUCAUAUUCUUUCUAAGAUGGAAAGUAAUAAAAUAUAUUUGAAAUGUA